GCGGUUUUAGGAAACACGGAUGGUUGUCCUGAGGACGAGGAUUGACAUUAUGUUUUGGACUUUUGGUCUUACUCUAGCUCUUUUAUGCUUAGGUGUAAAUGGGACAAAGUCGGUUCAUGAUUUUCAAUGGCUUCCUUGUCAGUUUGUGGACGAGGAAGUUCAUAUAAAUGAAGAGGGCCACACAGAAACCAAGUAUAUCCACAGAGAGGCUGUGCUUCAGUUUGGUAAUGUCGGUGACAGCCCUUUACAUCCUACUAUUACCUUCCUCGUCACAGGCUCAAAAGUGGAUAUGAGGCGUUAUUUGGAGGGAGAUGAGGAUACACUACACUGUGAGAUUCGUAGAUACAGCACUGGAGGGAUUGUAAUGCGCUGGCCUAUUACAGGAGCGCAAAAUCGUGACGUCUGGUUCACCUGUACGAUACGCCAUACACAAGGCUUGUUCGUCAUCACCACCUUCCUCAGACACACACCUACGGCUUCUGCAGGUGGACAGGUGGACUAUCUACAAUGGAUAACAGUUAAUGAUAGGGAUCUCCUGACAACCUCAGCUGCGAUGGUUGUUUUGACCCGGACUCCCUCCGUGGAGGUGGGAUUCUUGAAGGAGCCAAACCUGCACUGUCAGUUUGCAGUGGAUCAUAAACUGCCUAAUGCAACAGUGGAGUGGAGACUGCAGCGACACGGGGAGCGCAGCAAACUCUUUAGCUAUUCCAGCCGCACAGGGAAGAGUGAAGGUAGUGGAGUGGCUGUCAAGGCCAUUGCCGCUGGAAAUGCCUCCUUAAAACUUCUACCCACUAAAAAACGAAGUGAGGGCACAUAUAUCUGCUCCGUGAUGGUUCCUCCUCUCUAUGGCAGCCAUGAUAUUCCCCUUAGCCUAAGUGAACAACCCCGUGUGUCUCUGAAUGUGGGCUCCACCGUGUCUAUUGCACUUGGUACGGACCAGAAGCUAAUAUGCAAUGCAGAUGGGUACUAUCCUUUGGACGUAAACAUUGAGUGGUACCGUGAACCGUUCAGGGGCAGCCCUACGCCUUUGUUCCUGAAGAAUGUUCUAUACUCAAGUCAUCGACUUCAUCAAGAUGGCACAUACUCGCUCUCAGCCUUCUUCCUUCUCCAGCCUAGCAUGGAGGACUCUGGAUAUAAGUACACAUGCAGAGUUUCCCAUAAGUCCUUGCUCACUCCCAUCCACAAGAGCUUUAACCUCAUAGUUACAGAACCUGACUCUACAAUGUGGUAUAUCAAAGUCAUUGGAUUCAUAAUUUUCAUGGUAGUAAUUCUUUGUUAUGUGCUUCAGUAUCUUACAAGACAAAAUGCAGCAAAAAAGAGGUUUUGAGAGCUCAUGCCUGAGGUUUUAAAGUACGCCGUCAUGGAAACAGACAACACAUCCCUCCCUCCCUCCGUCUGUCUCUCUGUCCCCUCAUCCCCGCCAUCUCCUGCUGCUGCAUUUGCCAAGAUCAGGUGCUCUUCAUGGGAAAAUGAGUGUGUUGUGAGAUGUAAUUCCAGAUAUCAUGGUUUACGUCCUUGUUUACUAUGGCACUGUGACUCUCCAAAAUCUGAAGAAAAAUUUACUCAUUGCUUUCUGGGUUGUAUCGUUUUUGCACGUCUGUAAAUAAUGUCAAUUUGGCAAGGAAUUCAUGAUUGCAAAGUGCACUGUUGAUUUUGAUCAUUUGAGUUAUAAAAAAAAAAAAAACAUAUAAGUGGGGGGAGAGGUUUUAAAAAAGAGCUCUUAAGUUGCAAAAAGAUAUUUAAAUAAAAUAUGCCUCUGAUGCUUCAAAUAAUGUACUUGAAUUUUUAAUAUGUGUAAAAAUGUUAGGAUGUAAAUAAAAUCUGUGUUGAAUUUUA